AUGGACGACAAGACACAGACGGUCGACGUGGAAGCAGUGGCAUGCCACAUCUAUGGGAAGAACAUGCAGGCGAACGGGUAUAAGAUCUCCUUCGAUCGCGCUAAGAUCACCGUGCCUGGGUCCACCGCUGUCAUCCACGCACCGUCACCUGCCGCCUCCGCUCUCAACAGGCAAUGCUUGCUCCCUGUUGGUAUUGCCUAUGACGCCGCGUCGUCUUUGCUCGCCGCGGUCUGCUCGGUCUCGCAUGUUAUCCGCCCUAUCCGUCCUCGCAUCGCUCCACCCUUAAUAGCUCCUCCCGCCUGCUCCGUGCGAUCUUUGUCGACACCGCAAGCAAUGAUCGCAAGUUGCACCAAAGCCUUCGAAUACACUGCGGAUAACAAGGAGUCGCUUCGUCGCUCGGUAGCUCAACUAUAUCGCGUGGACAUUGUCGAGGAAUUUCGCACUGCAUACAUCCAAGUGUCAGGACCCGGCAUGUAUCAAGACACAGAUACCUCGUCAUGCAGCCGAACGCUCCUGGACGCUACAGAAUAUCCUACACGAAUGGUCCAUGGAGAAUUUCGUGCCGUGUACCUCCACGUGUUCCAGUGUUUGGAGACCAUCGCUGCUCAGUCCUCGUUCAACUUCUGUCUGAGGCUUCGGGCUCGGGGCGGAAGGAGUCUGAACCUGCACUUCGGAGACGCUAUAUGCAAAACGCCCGCGCGCGGUGACAAGACGAACAGCACAAGAGGGGAGAAACGCCGUGGCGCCCUUAUCCACGCUCAAGACGCAGCUGUUUUGAAGACAGUCUGGACACCGAAUAACGGACCGGUCAUUAUGAUGCUGCAGAGGAGGGCAUGGCUUGUCGACCACGGCUACAUCCGCAGCGACGCGCAGAAGGCGCACGACGAGCUUGUGAAGCUGAUGCAGGACAAGUGCACACACUUUUCUGAUCCUCAUCUCCUGUCCAAUGCGCUGAUAGUUGUUGUCAUAUGCAAUGAGUACAACGCACGUACGGCACCGUACGAUGUCUGGCCCGAUGCAUGUCUCCGGGCAUACCUCCGCGAACACAGCCUGUCAGAGGACACGCUCUCAACGAGCCGUCCGGGUCUGCUGCAAGAGACGACUGGGCGUGCAGAGGCACUCUUCGGCCAUGUCAAGGCCGUGAUCAACGGCGGUGUCAAGGCUGCAGAGGCCAGGUUCGGAAAGGUCCUCGAUGUCUUGACAGGAAGCGCGGAGCACGCACGAGGGAGGACAGGCGAGUGGAUGCAGGAGGGCGGGCAGAAACUGAAAGACGCGGGCGCGAAAGUGCCGAAGACUGAGCUGUGA